AUGGAUAAAAAGACUAAAUAUAAGUUAUUAGGAUUGACAGCACUUGUAGGAUUGACGAGUUUUUUCUAUAUUCAAAGAGAGAGGAACAGGCCUAUAAGAUAAAAGAUGGCUUAAAAAUUUAUAGGAUUAUAAAGGAAACUUGAUUCUUACUUCUAAGGGAAAUCUGCUGAAGAAGUAAUUCUAUUUCAAUAUUUAAGAUGAUAAAAUUAGUUACAAAUAAUGAUGAAUUUGUUGAAAUGAUAUAAAAAGAAGCAGGGGAUUUCUUUGAUUUAAAAAAAAUAGAUGAGGAAAUAUCUAAAAUUGAUUUUAUUCGAUAAUUAUCAACCAUAAAUUAAUAAAUAAAUUAAUUAUUAGAAAUAAGAUUAGUUGUUUAAUACAUCUAAAAGUAAGUAAUAUAUAUAUAUUAUAGAAAUUCAUUAAGAUAAGUUUAAGAAUAAAUAAUUGAAAAAUUAGCAUCAUAGAGAGUUACUAUAAUGCAAUACAAUACAUAAUUUGGAGAAUCAAUAUUUAAUUUUUAAAAAUAUGUUUAAUGUUCUUUUCUUUAAUUAAUAAAUGAAUUAGAAUAACUAUUAUAGGAUUUAAGAAGUCCCCAAAGAAUAGUUGCUGUUAAUUAUUAUUUCAUGUGCAUUUUAGAUUAUUUUAAUAAUAUAUUUGCUUAAUAUCCAAAUUUAAAAAAUUUAGUAGCAAUUGUAAUGUUAGAAAAAAUAGGAUCAAAUUAACUUUGUUUCGAUUUUUAUCAUGAUUGCACUGACAAUUAUUAUGUAAAUACUGUUAAAACAUGUUAAAGACUAAAGAGUUGUGAUUGUUGUAUAUUUGAUUUACUAUGCAGAUACAUAUCAAUAUUUUAGUCCCCUGUAUAAUAAAAGUUUCUUGAAUUCAUUAAAUUUAAUCAAUUAUUUUAAACUUAAGAACAUUUACUAUAAUUAGGAACAAUAUUAUUCAAAAAUACAUUUUAUUUAGGUGGAUAAUUAAGUGAAGAAUCACUUCAUUUUAUUGAUACUUUUUCACCUAUACAUAGUCUAUUAAUAGAAGCAACAUCUAAUAAGAGUGUAUAGGAAGGUUUAUUAUAAUCUGAAGAAUUUGGAAUUGUUAUUUAAUAUCUUGAAAAAGUAAUAAAUAAUCAUGAAAAUCCAUUUUUGAAUAGAUUACUAGCUAGUUUGAUUGAUGUUUAUUCAAUUAUAUAUCCUUUGUUUUAUAAUGAAAGUGCAUUAAAGUAAAUUGUAAAAGAUGAAGAAAAAAUUAAAUAAAUAUUAAGUACAUUUUUCGGGUCUUUAUUGAACUUAGAGAGUAGAGAUACGUAUGAUUCUAAUAAAUGUAUUACAAAUAUAUGAAAUUAGAAAAAGAAAUUAGUAUUUUAGAUUGGUUUGCUUUGAAUAUGGGAACUAUAUUCACUUAGUAAUUACUGGGAAAUAUAUCUGUAGAAUUUAUCCAUUAAUUACUUAAACUAAAAGAAAUUGAAAGGGAAAUUUUAUUUACGUACAUGUAUUGUUUAAGAGUUUCUUAAAAUACAAGAAUUAAAGAUAGAUAAUAAAAAAAGAAAAAUGUUGAUAUUAAUUCUUUCAUAACUAAAUUAAUUAGUUUGAUUGUAAUUUCAUUAUUAAAGAAUGAUUUCAGUAACAAAAAUAUGGAUUUAAUUAUAAAUAAUCUAGGUUUUGUAGAUGAUGAUGAAAGAUCAAAUAUAUUCUUAAAUAUUCUAAAGAUUCAAUUUGAAAUUCCAUCAAUGAAUUUGAAUUAUCUUAAAUAUGUCUCUUCAAAAUGUAGAUAACUAUCUUAAGAAACUUAUCAUUCCUUUAGUGGAUUUUACACAAAUGUUUUGAAUCCAACUACUCUUUCAUUUGAUUAAUAUAUGAUUUCUAUGUAAUUAGGGAUUAUCUAUGGAAAAGUAGACUCUUUUUUUGCUUAGAUUGGAUAAGGAUUUUUGAGAGAUCUCUAAUAAUUUGAUUAAUAUAAAGACUUUUUACAAAGAGAUGUAUAUAUAUCAUUUAUUAUUCUUUAGUUGAUUCUAAUAAUUGAUUUGAUGGAAAAUCCAUAUUAUUUUGCUAAUGUUCUCAUUCAUAAUAGAAAAUGUCCUCAAGAUAUUUAUAAAUAAUUAUUAACAAAAGUAGCAAUAUCUAUUUGGCAAUUGGAUCCCAAAAUCACCUUUUCAUAAUUGCAAUAACAAAUGUCUUUAUUUAUAAUGGUAGAAAUUUUACCACAAUUUAUUAAAGACUUAUUUAUUGUAAAUUAGGAUGGUACAAUUAAAUUAAAAGAACAAUAAUAAUUAUUAUGGCCAUUUCUUUGUUUAUAAAGGGAUUGUUCUUCAGUUGAAAUUUAUUUGAAUUUAGUUGGAGAUGAAGUUUUAUUCAAUGAAGUAUAUUAUUUGCAUAAAUUAUUAGUUGUUGUAAGAGUCAGAUAGUUUUGAAUUCUUAACUAGAAUCCAAGAGACCAUGUUUAAUAGUUCUAAUUUUAUUCAAAUAAUUUAUUAAUUACUUUUAUGUGUUCAUAGAUUAGAAAUAAAGACUUGGAUAGGAAAGAUAUUAUUUUAUGCUAAUAAAUUUAAAAAUAUCAAUAAAGAAUGUGAUACUUUAUUGAAAUCUAAAGAGUGUUAAUCUUUUAUUUUAGAAAUGCCAGAUAAUUUUAGAACAUAUAUGUUAUUUGGAUAGAAUGUUAUUAAAUGA